AUGAGAACUCUUGUGUUUGUUUCAUCCUUGGUUUCAAUUUAUCGAAGACGCUCGCUCGCCUUUAAGAUCGCCAUUUUACUAUUUGCUUUAUCAUUGUUCAUCGCGUAUUACAAUUUUUUUCGUUUUUCCAGAUUUGGUUUAGUUUUUAAUCUGACAACAACUCAAAUUUUUACGGAUGUACCGCCUAAAACCGCGUCGAAAAAUGCGCCUGGAAAUUUAAACCUGCAUGUGUGGAUUGGAAUAUGCGCGAAAGACUUAAACGCUUUGUGUAAUUUUCCUAUGUAUCCGAAAGCGCCGGACGCGAGGGUGUUGCUCAACAGGACAAUGGUUGAUCCAGACGAGAUUGGAACAAACGUUAAGACUUUGAGAUUGUUCGGCUUUGUCACUCCGUGGACAUCUGGACUGUAUUUUUUCAAGGUCAAGUUUUGUUCGGCCGAAAUUUGGCUUGGUCAGGACGAGACCAACCUACGCACAAGAAGAAUUUACAGCGACGAAGACUUCUCACAAGAGCAGAAAGAUGUUGGCGAAGCUGAGUUGAUAGGCGGAAAAAAGUAUUACAUAGAAGUGAUUUCCAUUUGCUCUGAAGAAACAAACCAACUACAAGUUCUGUGGAAAGCACCACAGCAUUAUGAUUUUCAAAUUAUAAACAGUAGCUUUCUAUCUUAUUACCACAAAGACAGCAAUUUUAAACAUGUAAAAUUAUACGACGAGUUGAUACCAGAUUCUCCAACCUGUGCUUCUAGACGACAUCGAGAGACUUAUUUUAAGGUCUAUGAAAAGAUAAGCUAUUUAUCGCACGAGGAAAUUGAAGAUACGUUGCCGUAUUGUGAGUACAGCCCAAGCUAUGUUGUCAACCACAACGUGGGUAGAUAUCAUGCGGUAAUUUAUCAUGUUGUACAUACAUUUAUUUACCCGUUUCCUGAGCAUCCACAACUUCAAGAUCAGAAAUACUGGAUAUUUCCCCUGGAUGAAAAAGAAGCGUUUCAGAUCGUCGAUACCUUCAUGAAGUCGCUCGAGCAAAGUAGACCAGGGUGGGUAUAAGAAUUUUGAUGAAAAACACUUUUCUUGUUCUCAAGACAGUUAAUCCAAGUGAAUUCUCUCUUAACAUGGGGGCACAGGGGCGUAUUAGAAACCACAAGAAAAGAGUCGCGCAAAAGGACCAUGACAAUUUUGUGGCUGUUGUUGUUUGUUUGUUUGCGUUUUUGUUUUUGUGGGUGGAGACUUCGUUUUCGCGUAAUACCGAAAUCGACACUGAAUACCAAAUUCUUACCAAUUACCGGUUUGGUGUUGGUACUGGGGUCGUCGUCACUUGAUCGAAACCCACGAUGUAUGGAAUAUUUGUUAAGUAAUAUAUCAAGCAUGAGAAGCGGUGUUUCGUCACGAGAUGAAACACCUUGAAGUUCGUCAAAAAUACGUCUCUUCGCGUCGUUCUCAGUGUUUCAUCUGGUGAUGAAACACUGCUUCUCAUGCUUGUAUUGCAUCCAAACUUAUUACGCAAACUACAUUUUAUACUGACUACAUAGAGCACACAACCCCAUAGCCAGUCCACAGACGCCCACUCCCCUAAAAAAAAAGGGUAGAGGGGAGAGGAGGGUGCGUCUGUACAUAGACUCAAGACAAUUCAGUUCCAGUCUAUUAUCGGACCUAUGACUUAAGGGUAUCUCUCCUAAUGUUCUUCUUUUAAUGAAGAUGGGUAGUUAACCUUUCUAAGAAAAACAGUCGACUCUUACUAAGACGGAUACCAUUAAGGACGGCAAUAUAAAGUAUCCGUGUGUGGGUGGAGUUCUUCUGUCGCCUACGCGCCUAAAAUUUACUUGCGUAAUUAGAAUUUAGACAUUGUAUAAAAGGUCGCGCUGGACCUCGCUCAACUUUUACGUUUACGCUCGUAAGAAUUACUUGACAGUGGAAAUCCACCUUGAGAUUGAUGUCCGUCUUAUAGAAAGUAAAAGGGGGGUAAGCUUAUUUUCGUGAAACCGUGAUCGACCGUUUUUGGUGUCCACUGAACUAACUGAAAAACUGUUCUCUGAAUCGUGAAACGUGAACUGCCAAAAUCCUCUAUUCUGUACACCUACAUUCAAGAUGAAUUGAAGAAAUAGGCUCAUAAAUUUGGCCCAACGAUUUAAAUAACUAGCAACUGGCUGCUUGAUUUAACUUCACUUUUGAUGUCACUUCACACAUCAGUGCACUCAGACCCACCUACAGAUGGUUUUCCUAGGGAAUUCAUAGCCGCGCAGAGAUCACCCAAACUCGUGGCCGAGAUCAAGUACACUUUUUGUGAAACUCAAAAUUGUUGUUCGUGAACUUUUGUCAAGACUGCUCCCCCUCAUUUGCCCCUCCCCUCAGUAAAAUAAAAGGGGUAAAGAAAGGGAGGGACUAACCCUAGGUGUCCAUUCGUCUUAUCGAGGAAUCCGUCAAGAGAGAGUCGUCUGUGAUAGUAUUGUAGUAGGUUACUAGCUGUUAUUUUCUUUUUGUACUCCAGGAAAUUUGUUCUUAAGAAAGUGAGAGGUGUUGAACGAAAGACUGAUACCAUAAAGGGAAGUAGGUAUCUGAUUGAUGCAGAAUUGAGGGAUCUUUCAAACAACAAAACUGUCCUUCUUUCUGAAUACGUUUUCAUGCCUAAUGGAACAAAGAAGCUUUGUUAUCCAAAGGAUCUUGAGUGGAACAAAACAGCACCGGUUUACCUUGUUGUUACAGUUAAAAAUCUUGGCAGAUGGAUUCAUCACUUUAUAAGGAACGUGGAAAGGAUUAUGCGGGAAACAGAAGACCCUUAUCUUCACGUGAUAAUAUUCGAUUACAAUAGCUCUGACAUCGACUUGGAGAAAGUAUUAAAACAGAGCUCUUUACAAAAUUACAAGUUUUUGAGGCAAGAUGGUGAAUACUCACGGACCAGGUCAUUUACUGAGGCAAUAAAUCUGGUAUCAGACCCACAGAGUAUUAUAUUCAUGGUGGAUCUUCACUUGCACAUUGCAAGUCCCCUUAUUAACAGUAUUAGAAAGGUAAGUUUGUUGUCAUAUGUCAGUAACUGACCUCCGCACGACUUUGCGCAAGUGAAUCAUGAGAAUCGUCAGCGUCGUUCCUAGUCGCCCUCGGCGACUAGGAAUUAUCUCUGACUAUCUCCACUGAUUUCUUGAGUCAACCUCAACCUUUUCUCGAGUAGAUUUAUAAAUAGAGCGGUUUGUUUCCCGCGAAAAGUGUCGCAUUUCCGCGAGUCUCGUAUGUCACCGUAAAAAAUAAACGAGGACGAAAUUGAAGAGGAAGUCAGGAGCCUGUCCUGCGACCGUUUUCCUUUUAACCAUACGUCCGUUUUUUAGAUUUUACAGCUGCUUGGGUCUGGGUAUAAUGAAACUAAACUUAAUGCUAAUAGAUCACUAUUCGUGAGAAAACAAUAGCUGCAAUUCAGACAGAAAUAGUUGGGACACUUCCAUCCAACGCAGUUUUUUCACUUCUGGUCCCUCUCCACGUCCUCCCAAUGUUGGUUAUCACAGUUAACUCGCCAAAUCUUGCAAACCAACAUUGGGAGGGCAAGAAGACAGCAAAGUGUCCCAACAAUUUUGAUUGAGACUGUGGGCUCGGCGUUAGAAAAUAUAGCAGGGAAUCAUUGCACUGACAGACGAAACAACUACAAGUAUUUAUUCAGAUCAACGCAUUUCGGAAAAGACCGUAUGAAACUAGGACCGUGAUUUAUAUAGAGGGUUAUUAAGUUAAAAUAAAAACCUUAACGCCUAAAACGUUGGCCAAAGAAAGCGAAUCGUGGCAGAACUACAGACAAUAAACUGUAGGAAAUAAUUAAUAAAUAUACAUGAGACAGGCCAGCUUCAUGACCUCUUAAUGUGAGACAACAUCCAAAAUUAACAUCUACACAGUCAGAGUUAAAAAUUUUCCACAGUAUAAACUACCUUCUAGAAAGAAAAGCCAGAAAACCUCUGAGGGAUGUUCUAGAGCAAAACGCUAAGGUCGCGUUUCUCGAGCUUAUGAUUGUAUUUUGCCUGUCAACACCGUAUUUCCUGCACAUGUGCUGUUUGAUGUAGAACAAUAGGACUGUCAUUUCUUCGAUGUGAUUGGUUCUGUUCACUGUCGACGUGCGAAGCCUCCCCUGCGAACCAUUCUAUUUAUAGAUCCUCUCGCGAAAGGGUUGACUCCAAGGGCUUGUAUUGGAGAUAUAGGCUCCUCUUUAUAAGCUCCUGCAAUAAUGCAUUCUUUGUUCACUCGCAGCACUGCAUCGAAGGCCGCAUGAUCUACACACCAAUCAUCGUCCAAAUGGAUUGUGGAGCUAACCCUAAAGACUUGUUGGGUGAGUGGCAGGUUUACGGCUACGGAAUAAUAGGAAUGUACAAAUCGGACUGGGACCGAGCGGGAGGUUUCCCUGUGCAGAAAAACACCUGGGGCGGUGAAGACUGGGCACUAGUGGAUCAGUUGUUCGGAUUGGGAAUAGAAUUUGAACGCAUGCGCACCACGCAUAUUUAUCACUAUUACCAUUCCAAGGAAGGCUUGUGGUAG